AUACAAGAAAGGCGUGUUUGUUGUUGUGCUUCUGCUUUCAUUUUCAGUGACAUUCUGGUCUACGAAUAUGAAAAAGCAAAACUUGUGUCUUGUUCUCUUGCAAGUAACUGCCGUAUCUCAAGCAAUUCUAUAUGAAGAGGUAGGAAAACACCUGCCGACUAACUAUAACAAUCAUGACAUACUAGCCAGGAGAAGACAUCCCCUAGGUGGUGGAGGCGCUGGGGGCAGCUCGGGAUGCAACUUCAACGGCAUAAGAGGAAGACCAAAAGUAACCGGGUCGGGCAGGACUUUUUUUGAUUUGCAAUUCCUCAAUGUAGGGUAUCACGAGAACUACGAAAUCAACUGUGGAAGUGGACAUCCUGUUGCAACAGCAGGUGCUGGAAGCACAGGCCUAGGAGGUCAGAAACCUUUAUUAGGUAGUCUUGGAGGUGGACAAGGAGGAGGUCAUGGAGGAAUAUUUUCUAAUAAACCGUCCAAGCCUAUAUUGUCUAUGAUUUUGGCCAAUAGGCCCCUACAAGGCAUAUUCAGUCAAUCACAGUCACAAACGCAGACUCAAACAGGAAUUCUAGGUGAUGCUCUAUCCGGAUUUGUCGGCUUACUACCAAAACCUCACGAUAUAGGCCAAGGAUUAGGUGAUGGAAUUUCUUCCUUUAUUCAAACCUUACCACAAAUUGGACAGAGUUUCCAAUCUCUUUUGCCAUCAUUUGAAAAUUUUCAGCUCCCCAGUCUACCGUCCCUGCCACCUUUCGUUCAAGCAGGGAGUCAAAGUAUGGCCAUCAGCGGAUCAUCGCCUCCUGUGACCCAAUCCCCAAUUCCACCCGCAGUUGUGACCCCCGCAGCCCCAGACCUGGUUACCGAACCUACGGUCGAUCCCGACGAUAUAAUCUACAAUGACGAUAUAAAACCAGUUCACGAAGAUCCUGAUGUUACAGGUCCCCAUACAACCAACAAAUUACCACCCGGUGCAUAUUUUAAUAGACAGUAUGCUCAAAACAGGUAUCAGUCGUACAAAAACUAUCUCGAUCAAAAAGUAAGUGCUCAAAAAAAUCAAAAUAGAUAUCAUUAUCAACAAAACACGCCUCCGUACGGCCAAAGGGAACCUCGACUAAGGCCAGACUUGGACAUUUACAGCCAAGACGAGGGAGAACCUGGUCGCUUUUAUAACGAGAGAUUGGGAUCGAGGAAAUUUCGGUUUCCAACAUAAAAGGCUGUAAAACGUUACGCUUAAUGUUUAUUAAAAAAUAUAUAUAUAAAUAUGUAAACUUUGAGUCCAAAUUAACGCACUGUUAAAAAUGGGACUCAAUUCGAAGUUGAUUUUCUGAUAAACGGCUGAUCUGAUUUUAACAAUUUUUUUUUUAAUUAUUUAGGGUUAUUUUUCAGUAACAGAGCAAACGUAAAAAUGUUUAUACAAAUUUCAGUUUUUAGCAUA